AUGCCGGUCGUGAGUGAAGGAGGUGGAAAAUGGAGGGAGACGUGGAGAGGGAAGAAAGUUGAAGAUGCAAGAGGGGAGGACGGGGCAAAGGUGAGACGGGGGAAAGACACUAUGGAGGAGAAGGAAGGGGGAAGAGAGAUAGAGCGGGGUGCUAAGGGAGGGGAAGUGGAGCUCGUGGGAUGCGAGGGGGAAGAUUUUUACAGGGGAUAUGGCCAGGCGGGGGUUGGGGAGGAGGAGGAGGAGGAGGAGGAGGAGGAGGAGGAGGAGGAGGAGGAGGAGGAGGAGGAGGAGGAGGAGGAGGAGAAGUUGCAAGUUAAGGUGCAGUAA